AUGGAAUCUGGCUCAAUGGUUGAUUCCCAUAACGUUAACACAGGCGGCAACAUGAAUACAAUUGGAAUGGGCUCAGUGGGGAUAACCCUUCCAGUGACAUCAGGAAUUGGGCCUUCAGCCAACACUGCUAUAAGCUCUGGUGCGGUUUCAGGUUCAUUAUCAGUGUCCUGUAGUGCAGGAGAUGCUGUGGCCCAGCAGCAGGUUAGCCUGCAGGCUCAACCACAACAUAUACAAAUCCCAGGCACCAUGUCUUUAGGAAGCUUGGCUGUGGCUAUGGGACUAUCAGGUGCAAACACAGACCAUAAUAGUUUGACUUUCACCAGCAAUGCACUGGCCAGUCUCACUGCAAGGAUGGGCAUGAGUUCAAUGGCCGGAUCAAGUCCUGGGGGAUUGGUUGCCACUGGCAACAGUUUGAUGACAUUCCCAGGAAGCACCGCUCUGAAUCUGGUACCAGGCAUGGGUAUGGGUCCAGCAGGGGUCAGUAUUGUUGAUGGAAGUGGACUGAGCAUGGCGAUGGCUGGUGGGAUGACCAUGCAGACACCUACAAAUAUUAGCCUUGUUGGGGUACCAGCUUCCAGUGACAUGGGCAACAGUAUUGGUGGUUCCCAGCAGCAACAGCAUGGACACAGUAACAGUGGGGCAUUGCUUCAGAACAAUAUUCAUAUCAACACAGGAGGUAGUUUAGUGAACAACAUGGGUGGAGGUGGAGCUUCCAUGCACUCCUCAGGGAGUUGCUGUGGUGGUUGCAGCACCCGGGUCACCGUCAAGGAUCAGUGUGCCCAGACAGACCUGUCCACAGUUCUACAG